GAGGGCGGUUGUGCUCCGCUCCAAACUGUCCUUCGAAAUAACGAAUAAAACGAAAACAAGUCCAGUGCCUCUCGCAGUUUUCGAUAACUAAUUCAUUCGGUAGUUACGCGCAAAAGUGAAAUGCGCGAUCGGGUUGUGAGUUGACAGUGUCGGAAUUAUAGUGUUUCAAAAAAAAACUAAGUGUUCGUGAAGUGUACGUGUUCAAGAAGGCAAAUUCAGAAGUGAAAAAAAGUUUCCAGUUUAAGGAAUAAGGAUAAAAGAACAGAACGAUUGGGGGUGGGAGAGGACGGAGUGAUGACGGGCGAGGAAGGAAAAGGUGGCGGGGGUGGAGGAGGCGGCGGUGGUACUGAUGCUACUGAUAAUGGAAACGUUAUUAACGCAAUUGUUAAUACAAACCAACAAAACGGAGGAACGGAGAAAGCACCAGUUGUUGGUGGAACCAAUGUUGAAACUUUGCCUCGUCCUGGAAAACAGAGUGAUCCAAGCACAGCAUUUUUGAGAGCCGCAAGGGCGGGAGAGCUGGAGAAAGUUUUAGAAUUUUUAGAAUCUGGAGUGGAUAUUAACGCUUCGAAUGCUAAUGGAUUAAAUGCUUUGCAUUUGGCUGCGAAAGAUGGCCACAUGGAAAUUGUAAAAGAAUUAUUAUCUAGAGGUGCCAUCGUAGAUGCUGCCACGAAAAAAGGAAAUACUGCAUUACACAUCGCUUCUCUUGCCGGUCAAGAGGAAGUGGUACGAUUAUUAGUUGAACAAGGUGCUUCAGUCAAUGUACAGUCUCAAAAUGGAUUUACACCCUUAUACAUGGCUGCUCAGGAGAAUCACGACUCGGUCGUUAAGUUCCUGCUUAACAUGGGUGCCAAUCAAAGUCUUGCCACAGAGGAUGGUUUUACCCCACUGGCAGUGGCAAUGCAACAGGGACACGAUAAAGUUGUAGCUGUUCUUCUGGAGAAUGACACUCGUGGAAAAGUUCGUUUACCAGCUCUACAUAUUGCCGCAAAAAAGGACGACUGCAAAGCAGCUGCGCUGCUUUUACAGAACGAUCACAAUCCAGAUGUGACAUCGAAAAGUGGAUUUACACCGCUUCAUAUUGCUGCUCAUUAUGGCAACGAUAGAAUAGCAUCUUUAUUAUAUGACAGAGGAGCGGAUGUCAAUUUCGCUGCCAAGCACAAUAUUACGCCUUUGCACGUGGCAGCUAAAUGGGGAAAGGUCAAGAUGGUAAAUCUUCUCAUAAGCAAAGGAGCAAACAUCGAAGCAAAAACGAGAGAUGGCCUCACUCCACUUCAUUGCGCUGCAAGAUCCGGACAUCACGAAGUCGUCGACAUCCUUAUAGAGAAAGGAGCACCAAUCGGUUCAAAAUCAAAGAAUGGCCUCGCUCCUCUACACAUGGCUUCACAAGGAGAUCAUGUGGAUGCGGCCCGGAUUCUCCUCUACCACCGGGCACCUGUGGAUGAAGUCACAGUCGAUUAUUUAACGGCUCUGCACGUAGCCUCUCAUUGUGGUCACGUCCGCGUGGCCAAGCUUCUUCUCGACAGAAACGCCGACCCAAAUGCCAGAGCACUCAAUGGAUUUACUCCUCUACAUAUUGCUUGCAAAAAGAACCGGCUUAAAAUUGUCGAAUUGCUCAUCAAGCACAAAGCCAGCAUCGAAGCCACGACAGAGUCGGGACUGACGCCUUUACACGUUGCUAGUUUCAUGGGUAGCAUGAGCAUCGUAAUUUAUUUACUCCAGCACGAAGCUUGUCCAGACGUUCGAACAGUUCGAGGUGAAACACCUCUUCAUCUCGCAGCUCGAGCAAAUCAGACUGACAUCAUUAGGAUACUUUUAAGAAAUUUAGCCCAAGUCGACGCCAGGGCGAGGGAAGAGCAAACUCCUCUUCAUAUCGCCUCUAGAUUGGGAAACGUGGAUAUUGUAAUGCUUUUACGGCAGCACGGAGCUGACGUCGAUGCGACAACGAAGGAUCUCUACACGCCUUUGCACAUUGCCGCCAAAGAGGGCCAAGAAGAGGUUGCGGCUGUUUUGUUAGAAAACAGAGCUUCGCUUACAGCCACGACUAAAAAGGGUUUCACUCCCUUACAUCUCGCAGCAAAAUAUGGAAAUAUGGCUGUCGCUAGACUUUUGCUUCAAAAAGACGCACCUGUCGAUGCUCAGGGAAAGAAUGGAGUGACGCCCUUACAUGUAGCCUCGCAUUACGACCACCAAAAUGUGGCACUACUUUUACUCGAUAAAGGUGCCUCGCCUCAUGCCAUGGCCAAAAAUGGCCACACGCCGCUGCACAUUGCCGCUCGCAAGAAUCAGAUGGACAUUGCGACCACUUUGUUGGAAUACGGGGCAAAAGCGAACGCCGAAUCAAAGGCUGGCUUCACUCCACUUCAUUUGAGUGCACAAGAGGGACAUACAGACAUGUCCACAUUACUCAUCGAACACAAAGCCGACACUAAUCACAAAGCAAAGAAUGCACUCGCGCCGCUUCACUUGUGCGCACAAGAAGACAAAGUCAAUGUCGCUUCCAUUCUUGUCAAGAAUGGUGCUGAAGUUGACACUAAAACUAAGGCUGGUUAUACACCGUUGCACAUAGCCUCGCAUUUUGGACAAGCAGCCAUGGUCCGGUUUCUUUUGAGAUCGGGGGCUGAGGUUGAUAGCAGCACAAAUGCCGGAUAUACGCCUCUGCAUCAAGCUGCUCAGCAGGGCCACACGCUCAUCAUCAAUUUGCUUCUUGAAAGUAAGGCGCAACCCAACGCUGUCACAAACAAUGGACAAACUGCUCUGGACAUCGCAAACAAGUUGGGAUACAUCAGCGUUGUUGAGACCUUAAAGGUUGUAACGGAAACCACAAUUACGACAACGCAUUCAAUGACAAUCGAAGAAAAAUACCGAGUCCAAGCGCCAGAAUCGAUGCAGGAAACAUUUAUGAGCGAUAGUGAAGAUGAGGGCGGUGGCGAUGAAAUCGGCGUGGCUGCCAUGAAUGUGUACGGGCAACCGCCACACGCACAACAUGUGUACCUUCCUUCCUACUACCAGGGCCAAAUGACCUACACUCGCGAAGAUCCGAUGCUCAGCGACCAGCAGCAGUAUCGAUACAUGACUGUUGAUGAUAUGAAAUCGAUGGGAGAUGACUCCAUGCGAGUUAAUGUCACCGAUGAUGAGAGGGACAAUCGACAUUCUGGAGCUCCAACAAUCACAGAAAUGAUCACCAAAGAAAGUUACAAUCGCACCAACGCCGCAAAUCUGAAACCGGACAAUAUAGACAUCAACAGGCAUCCGGUUCACGUUGGCGCGUCACUAGUGUCCUUAAAUACAUCGCUGGCUGCCCUCGGUUUCGUCACAAAAGGACAAGGAAUGUGGAGGGACAGAAUUCCACAGUGGAAAAAUUUCCUGGUUUCGUUUCUGGUUGAUGCGAGAGGAGGAGCGAUGCGAGGGUGUCGCCACAGUGGAGUCAGGGUGAUCGUACCACCUAGGAAAGCAGGAAUGCCGAUGAGAGUGACCUGCAGGUAUCUCAAGAGGGACAAAUUGACAAAUCCACCGCCUCUCAUGGAAGGGGAGGCUUUAGCAAGUCGUAUUCUUGAACUCGCACCAGUUGGCGCUAAGUUUUUAGGACCUGUUAUCAUCGAGGUACCACAUUUUGCCUCCUUGAGAGGGAAAGAGAGGGAAAUUGUAAUUCUCCGAUCGGAUAAUGGAGAAACCUGGCGUGAGCAUACCUUGGAAGCCAGCGAGGAGGCUGUCCAAGAUGUGCUUAAUGAGAGCUUUGAAGGAGAAGAAUUAAGCCAGCUAGAGGAUCUCCAAACAUCCCGAAUCGUGAGAAUACUUACAGUAGACUUUCCUCACUACUUCGCCGUAGUGUCUCGAAUUAGACAAGAGGUACAUGCAGUUGGUCCCGAAGGAGGUACCGUAUCGUCCUCCGCAGUACCACAAGUACAGGCAGUAUUCCCACCAGCUGCUCUUACCAAAAAAAUCAGAGUCGGGCUACAGGCACAUCCGAUACCGGCUGAACUGGUGGCUAAACUUUUGGGCAAUCGUGUUGCGGUCUCACCAAUCGUGACUGUAGAACCAAGACGAAGAAAAUUCCAUAAGCCAAUAACUCUGACAAUCCCGGUCCCACAAGCAGCCAAUAAAGGCAUGAUUAAUCAGUAUUCAGGCGAUGCGCCAACUCUGAGGCUCCUCUGCAGCAUAACUGGGGGUCAGUCUCGAGCCGUCUGGGAAGAUGUGACCGGGUCAACACCAUUGACCUUCGUUAAAGAUUGUGUCUCCUUCACGACGACCGUGUCUGCCAGAUUCUGGCUGAUGGACUGCCGAAACAUAUCCGACGCUACCAAGAUGGCUACCGAUCUUUAUACUCAUGCAACACACGUACCUUUCAUGGCUAAAUUCGUAGUGUUUGCGAAAAGGAAUCACCAAUUAGAAGCGAGAUUGCGCGUAUUCUGCAUGACAGAUGAUAAGGAAGACAAAACUUUAGAGCAUCAGGAACACUUUACGGAAGUGGCUAAGAGCCGAGAUGUUGAGGUUCUUGAGGGUAAAACCCAAUUUAUGGAAUUCGCGGGUAAUUUAGUGCCUGUGCUAAAAAGCGGAGAGCAACUUCAAUUGCCAUUCAGGGCUUUCAAAGAAAAUAGAGUUCCCUUUACGGCAAGGAUAAAGGAUCCCGAUGCCGCUGACAUGAUGGGAAGAAUUAUGUUCAUGAGCGAGCCGAAAGUAGCAAAGGGCGAUCAACCGCAAACGCCUAUUUGCACUUUGAAUAUUCUUUUACCAGAGAAAAUUUCACCGGAUGCCGCACAUUCUGAGCUGGAUUUACUAGAAUUGUCCAAGAAUUACAGCUUCCUUCGAGAUGGUGGAAUAAGCAGGCCAGAUACAAUUCACAGAGCGACAAUUCGAUUGACCGACAUUGCUAAUUUGCUAGACCAUGAUUGGGAAAAAUUGGCUUCGGAACUAAAUAUCCGUCCGAAGGAUGUAGAACAUAUUAAAGAAGAAUAUCCUGACAAACCUGCUCAGCAGGCUGCAGCCAUGUUCAAAGUGUGGCAAAACGACGGAAAUAAAGCAACCGGUAACACAUUAGAAAAAGCCCUGAAUAAAAUUGGUCGUGAGGACAUAGUUAAAAAGUGCAUAUUCAACGUUGAACUUGUGACAGACGACGUUGAAAAAGCGGUGGCGAGAGUUAGAAUUGAUCAGCCUGGGUUCGAUUCUCUCAAGGAAGAAUUGGGACCUUCAAGGGAUACUUCUCUCAGACGCGAUGCCACACUGGACCCUAAAAUGGAUCCUGAUUAUGAGGAGCCCGACAGAAUGAAGGACUCUGAAUCAGUGGAAGACCUUACGAUUCCCGGUUCCACACCUCAGAAACCAACCAAGCCGCACGUCACAAUCACGAACGGCACUAUUUUCAAUGGUACCUCGACCCCCAUCAAAGAUAAAUACGCCAGUGAUGAAAAAGAAUUGGGAGACAUGAUGGCUGAUUUUAUUCAGCACAAGUAUCAAGUCUCCGACACAAUGACUAAAAUAAGUCACGAUGAGCCUGACGACGACGAGUUCAAAAAACGACAGAAAAUAAUCGAAGACGCCAACAGAUUAGUUUCUGGUGUAAAACAAGAUGCUGAGAAAGAGCAGGGGAAGUUAGCGAAGGAAGGGUGGUCGGUGGUUUAUGAUGACGAUAAACAACAUAUUAAAGAGGCAGGAGGUGCUCUAGGGAAAGAGGUAUCUAGCGUAGAGAAAAUGAGCGACAAGGUUGACACGGUUACAACGGUUACAGUGACGACGAUAGAAACUCAAGUUUCGCAUAAACCAGACUCAACUGAAGGAAAAACCGUUCGUACUGAAAUUUGUUUAGGUCAACCUAGCAGGACAACUGAGAGUAGGGAAAGAGAUUCUUUUAAUGAGAAUGUUCGUUUAGAAGGAUCAGUUCCAGGUAGAGUAGCAAUAGGUGAAAAAGGGAAAACGGAGACGGUAAGUGAUGCCGACAAAGGCUUAUCAAAAGGGGAAUCAGUUUCACAAAAGGGUAAAAAAAUCGACGAUUCAAAAGCAUGUGACAAAAAAUCAAAGAAAAAUGAAACGAGAACAGAGAAACAGAAAGAUGAAGAAGGCGACAAAUCGGGUGCUUACGAAAAGGUUUAUAACGUUCAAAAAACUUCCGAAGGAGCAAAAGAAAAAUCAGAUUUUGAAAACAAGAAGCUUAAAGAUAAAUCUGGGAAAAUGUUCUCGGGAAUGUUUAAGGGAUCGAAAACUAAAAAAAAGGACUCGAAAGAUAGUUCUUUUGAUAGUGGAGAUGAAGAUACGAAGACAUUGACUAUCAAAUUUUUGGAUGAAAGCAGAAAAGCUGCUGAUAGAACACAUGACCCUUCAGGUUUCACUAACGGUGUUCAAACUUAUGAACCUAAACCUCUGACGGAAUUGGUUUUAGUUCAGGAUGUGAAGACCACGACUGCAGAGUUUUUAGAUGAUUCUAGAAAAGCUGCGACUAGAUUAAGCGAGAUUGCUCGCGAAAUAACAGAACCGAAGAAAACAGACAUUACCACAGUUACCAAAACUACAGUUAUAAUAACUGAUGCGGACGGGGAAAAGAAAUCUGCUAAUGCAGCAGCAGAUGAAGGAAAAGAUAAAUCUGGUGGAUUCUUUGGAAUAUUUAAGAGUCCAAAGUCUAAGGAAAAGAGACGCAGUAAAUCUAAAGAGAAAGAUACUUCAUUUGAUAGUGGAGAUGAAGAAGUAAGAGCGACCACUGAGAAAUUCCUCGAAGAUAUCCGUAAGAAUGCAGGUUCUCCUGACUUACCUUUUAUAGAUAAAUUAGACACGAAAAUCGACGUUGAUGAAGGAAUAGGUCGAUUUUCAACUUACUCGAAUUAUGAGUCUGAUACUCCUCAGGACAAGCUUAGGGGAUCAUCGUACAACAUUUCUGAAUCAUCUACUAAAGCAAAAGAGGAAAAAGUAGCAAAACAAAAAUCCCUUGUUAGUUCUGAACCUGUAACCACUGAAGAUGAGAGCCAGGAUGACAGUCAAGAAAAGUCUGGCGGAUUCUUUGGAAUAUUUAAAAGCCCGAAGAUGAAAGGCAGGAAACGAAACAAAUCAAAGGAACUCUCUUCGAAAGAGGCAUCAGUCGAGAUUUCUGAUACUGAUUUGCGAAUUAAGACAUCUCAGUUUUUGGAUGACACGAGAAAGCAUGCGGAUAAACAUCAUGAGUUUAUCCCAGAAAAGAUUCAAGAUGCUUACAAAGUCACAAUUGUUGAAGUGGUUGUAUCAGAUGCUGUACCUUCUAGUGAAGAUCAAAUUUCUGAAGCUCCAGCUUCUAAGGAUGGAAAAGAUAAAGGUAUAUUUGGAAUGUUUAAGAGCCCAAGAGGCCUGAACAAGAAGCGAAGCAGAUCGAAGGACAAAAGUACAUCAAGAGAUACGUCGUUUGACAGCGGAGAUGAAGAAAUUCGAAUUGCGACUGCUAAAUUUUUGGAAGAUAGCAGGAAUAUGGCUGGUCAAAUUGACGCUUGUCCUUACAAAUCUUACGCUUUCCUUGAAGAGAUGAGCAGACAAAGUGAAAGUGAAAUUGCUGCCGCAAAAGAAACUAAGCCUGAAGAACAAAGCAAAGAAAAGACAGGUAUAUUUUCCGGAAUUUUCAAGAGUACGAAGCAUACAAUAGAAGAAAUCAAAGAGGAUGCUAAAGAUUUUGUGGAUGAUACAAAAAAAGACGCAGAGGAUGAAAAAAAUAAACUUCAAAAAGAUACUGAAAAAGCAGCUAAGGACCUUGAACAUUCUGCAAAGGAUGCCACAGAUAAUGUAUCAUAUGAUGUAACAGAUUCAGCAAUAAAAAUUUCUAAAAAAACAUCAGACGAGGUUCAAAAAGUAACUGAUGCUGUCAAGACCAGUGGUGAAAAGAUUGCUGACACAAAGGAUGCAGCUGUAAAGGAAAUAAAGAAAGACGUCAAGAUUACUGAAGAAAAAAUAUCUGCAGGAGCUCUAACAAUCGCUAAAACAGCAGAUGAUGCCAAGGACAAAACAACAAAGGAAACUAAAAAAGCUAAAGACAAGGCUGGUGGUUUUCUGUCUGGCAUUUUCAAGGGGGCAAAACAUGCAGUAGAUGAUGUAAAUGAUGACGUUAAAGAAUUCCUGGAUGAAACUAAACAUGAAGCUGAACUAGAGGAAGAACGUGCUCAUAAAGCUGCUGAAGAUUUGACCAAAGAUGCGAAGGAAACGGAAGAUAAACUAGUUGCUGAUACCAAAGCAGCAGCCGACAAAGCAAAAGAAAAAGUAUCAGCAGAUACUCAAGCUGUUUCAGAUAAAGUGAAAGAUACAAGCGAUAAAAUAUCAAAGGAGGCUGCAUCAACUGCCGACGGAGUAAAGAAAGCAGGAAAAAAAAUGGCGAAAGAUUUAACUGACAACAAGGAUGCGGCAGUGAAAAAAAUGAAGAAAGAUGCAAAAGAUGUAGAAAAAACAGUGGUUUCGGGUGCAGUUGUCGUAUCAGAAACUACAGAGGCCGCUAAGGACAAGGCAACCAAAGAAGCUAAGAAGUCCAAGGACAAAGCUGGCGGUUUCCUAUCUGGCAUAUUUAAAGGAGUUAAGCACGCAUCAGAUGAAUUUGCUGAGGAUGUUAAAGAAUUUUUGGACGAAACGGAAAAGGAAGCUGAGGAAGAAAGAGAGCGUGCUCGCAAAGCUACAGAGAAAUUAUCGAAAGAUGCGAAGGAUGCAUCUGAUAAGGUGAAAGAAGAAAUCUUUGAAGAUGUGCAUGCUGCUUCUGAAAAAGCAAAAGAAGUCAGUGAAAAUAUCUCCAAGGAAGCUAAUGCUACAGCGGAUGGAGUACAGGAAGCCAACGAUGCUGCCGUAAAAGAAAUAAAGAAAGACCUAAUAAUUGUGGAAGAAAAACUAGAUUUUGGAGCAGAAACUGUUGUUAAAAUAGCAGAUGAGACCAAUGAUAAGACAGCAAAGGAAACUAAAAAGGCUAAAGACAAAGCUGGCGGUUUUCUUUCAGGUAUAUUCAAAGGCGCAAAACACGUAGUGGAUGAUGUUACCGAUGACGUUAAAGAAUUUCUUGAAGAAACUAAACAUGAAGCGGAAUUAGAAGAAGAGCGCGCACGUAAAGCCGCUGAAGAUCUGACUAAAGAUGCCAAAGAAACAAAAAAUAAGGCAGUCUCCGACAUCAAAGGCGAAGCUGUCAAAACCAAAGACAAAAUAGCGGACGGAAUUGAUGCUGUAACUGAAAAAGUGAAAGAUGCAAGUGAUCAGAUCUCUAAAGAAUCAGUAGCAGUAAAAGAAGAAGCCAAAGAUACAGGAAAGAAAGUUGCAAAGGACAUCAGUGACAUGAAAGAUACUGCUACCAAGAAAGUAAAGAAAGAUGUUAAAACUGUUGAAGAAAAAAUAUCAACAGGAGCGGAAACUGUUUCACAAGGUGUCGAAGCGGCUAAGGAUAAAACAGUUAAAGAAACCAAAAAGGCCAAGGAUAAAACAGGCGGAUUUUUAUCCGGAAUAUUUAAGGGCACUAAACAUACAGCUGAGGAGAUUGCAGAAGAUGCUAAAGAAUUCGCAGAAGAAACAAAGAAAGAAGUGGAAAAAGAAGAGAAACUUGCUCACAAAGCUGUGGAUGAUUUAUCUAAAGAUGUCAAAGAUACCAAGGACAAAGUGAUUUCUGAUGUAAAGCAAAAUGCUGAUAAGUCGAAGGAAAAAGUAAAGAGUGCAAGUGAUAAAGUAGAAAAAGAAGCAGCAGCUGCAGUUGAGGAAGCCACGGAAGCAGGUCGAAAAGUAGCACAAGGAAUUUUUGAUGCAAAAGACUCUGCAGUUACAGAAAUAAAAAAGGACACUAAAGCUGUUGAAGAGAAAGUAAUUGCAGGUGCAGAAAUUGUUGUUAAAACCGUAGAUGAUGCCAAGGACAAAACAACAAAGGAAACUAAAAAGGCUAAGGACAAAGCUGGUGGUUUAUUCUCUGGUAUAUUUAAGGGUGCGAAACAUGCAGUUGAUGACGUGACAGAUGAUGUUAAGGAUUUCCUCGAUGAAACUAAACAUGAAGCUGAGCUGGAGGAAGAACGGACUCGAAAAGCUACUAAAGAAUUGUCAAAAAAUGCAAAGGACACUAAAGACAAGGGAGUUUCUGAAAUAAAAGACGCAGCUGCUAAAACUCAGGAAAACAUAUCCAAUGGAGCUGAGGCUGUAGCAGAGGGAGUGAAAAACGCAGGAACAAACGUUGCUAAAGGCGUCAAUGAUACGGAAGAUGCUACUGUAAAGGAAAUCAAGAAAGGUCUUAAAAGUGCAGAGGAGAAAAUAUCAAAGGGGGCAGAAAUUGCUGCACAGAGUGCCGAAGGUGCCAAGGAAAAAACAGUCAAAGAAACUAAAAAGACCAAGGAUAAGGCAGGUGGAUUUCUAUCUGGAAUAUUCAAGGGCGCAAAACAUGCAGCGGAUGAAGUUGCGGAAGAUGCAAAAGAAUUCGCUGAUGAAACAAAGAAAGAAGCUGAGAAAGAAAAGGAACGUGCCAGAAAAGCUGCCGAGGAUUUAUCUAAAGAUUUCAAAGAAAGCAAGGAUAAGAUGGUUUCUGAUACAACAGAUACUGCCGAAAAAGCCAAGCUGAAAGUAUCUGACGGUACUCAAGCCGUAUCUGAGAAUGUGAAAGUAGCUGGUGACAAAGUUGUAAAAGGCAUCGCAGAUGCUAAAGACGCAUCAGUGAAAGUAAUCAAGACAGACACUAAAAUUGUAGAAGAAAAAAUAGUUUCAGGCGCAGAAGUUGUUGCAGAUACCGCAGAUGCUACCAAGAAUAAAGCAGCCAAAGAAACUAAAAAAGCAAAGGACAAAGCUGGUGGCUUCUUAUCUGGAAUGUUCAAGGGUGCGAAACACACUGCAGAUAAUGUGAAAGAAGACGUUAAAGAAUUUUUGAAAGAAACUAAACACGAAGCAGAACUAGAAGAAGAUCUGGCUUGUAAAGCCGCUGCUGAAUUAUCUAAGGAUGCUAAAGAUGCGAAAGAAAAAAUGGCUGCUGACGUAAAAGAUUCGUCAGAUAAAGUAAAGAGUGCUGGUGACAAACUAGCACAGGACACGAAAGCCGCAGUGAAUGAAAUCAAAGGAACAGGACACGAAAUUGCACAAGCAGUUGCAGAGGCCAAAGAUGCUGCCGUUACAGAACUUAAAAAAGACGCGAAAACAGUGAAAGAAAAAGUAUCUUCAGGUGCUGAAACUGCUGCUCAGACUGUAGAAGAUGUUAAGGAUAAAGUAGAGAAAGAAAGCAAGAAAGGGAAGGACCAAGCAGAUAGCUUCUUUUCCGGAAUAUUCAAGGAUGCAGAACAUGUAGCAGAUGACGCUACGGAUGAUGUUAAGGAAUUUCUUGAUAAAACAAAGCACGAAGCUGAAUUUGAAAAGGAACGAGCCCGCAAAGCAGCUGACGAUUUGUCUAAGGACAUAAAGUCCAAAAAGGACAAAGCUGUUUCUGACAUAAAAGAUUCAGAUGAUAAAACAAAGCAAAAAAUAUCUGAAGACGCGCAUGCUGUUUCUGAAGAAGUAAAACAGACAGGUGAUAAGGCUGCUAAGGAAGUUGCCGCAACUUUAAAAGGUGUAAAAGAGAAGUCUGGUAAGAUUGCGAAAGAUGUUUCUGACACUAAAGAUGCCACAGUGAAAGAAAUAAAAAAGGAUGCAAAGGCCGUGGAGGAAGCAAUCUCUACAACUGCUAAAACUGCUGCUGAAACUGCAGAAGAUGCGAAGGACAAAGCAGAGAAGGAAGCCAAAAAAGCUAAGGACAAGGCAGGUGGUUUCUUUUCCGGAAUAUUUAAGGGUGCGAAACAUGUAGUAGAUGACGCUAAGGAUGAUGUAAAGGAAUUCCUAGAUGAAACAAAACACGAAGCUGAAUUUGAAGAAGAACGAGCUCGUAAAGCAGCUAAAGAUUUAACUAAGGAUAUUAAAACUAAAAAAGACAAAACUGUUUCUGACAUAAAGGAUUCAGCUGAUAAAACUAAGCAAAAAAUGUUGGAAGAUGUGCACGUUAUUUCUGAAAAGGUUGAAGAUACGAGUGCAAGUAUCGCUAAAGGCGUAGCAGAAGCUCUCGAUAGUGUAAAAGAAACAUCUGAUAAGAUUGCGAAGGAUGCUGCUGAUUCUAAAGAUGCUUUAUCAAAGGAGAUUGAAAAGGAUACAAAGGCAGUGGAUGAAAAACUAACAUCAGGUGUCGAGUGUGCUGCUCAGAAAGUCGAAGAAGCUAAGGAAAAUACUGCAAAGGAAACUAAAAAGGCAAAGGAUAAGGCUGGUGGUUUUCUGUCCGGCAUAUUCAAAGGUGCAAAACAUUCAGCUGAUGAAGUUGCAGAUGAUGUGAAAGAAUUUGCACAGGGAACUAAAAAAGAAGCAGAAAAAGAGGAAGAUAAGGCACGUAAAGUAGCGGAAAAGUUAUUCAAGGAGACUAAGGACAGUAAAGACAAAGUUGUAGAGGACAUAAAAGAAACAGCAGAUAAAGCAAAGGUUGAAGUGGAAGAAGCAGGAGAAAAUAUUUCACAUAGUGUAGCAAUUGUAGUGGAUGGAGUUAAAGGUGCAGGGGAUAAAGUUGCAAAGAGCGUAACUGAUUCAAAAGAUUUCAUUAAAAAAGAAAUCAAUGAAGACGCUAAAGUUCUAAAAGAAAAAGUAUCCUCUGGUGGUGAAGCAGUGGCUGAAACAAUCAAAGACGCGAAGGAUAAUGCCGCUAAAGAGUCGAUGAAAGCAAAGGACAAAACCGGAGGUUUCCUGACUGGGAUAUUCAAGGGAGCGAAAGAUACAUCUGAUGAAGUUGUCGAUGAUGUACAACAAUUUUUAGAUCAAACUAGGAAGGAAGCUGCAGAGGAAGAAGAACGUGCUCGUAAAUCUGCAGAAAAGUUAGCGAAAGAUAGUAAAGAUGCUAAAGAAAAAUUAGUGUCUGAUGUUAAGGAUACGAUAGAAAAAACUAAGGAAAAAAUAUCGGAGGAUGCAUAUGCAGUAUCAGAGAAAGUUAAAGACAUUGGUGACACGAUUUCAAAAGAAACUACAAAAGCUGCUGAUAGUGUGAAACAUACUAGUUUGAAGGUUUCACAAGGUGUUGCAGAUUCUGAAGAUGCAGCAGUAAAGAAAUUGAACAAAGAUGCUAAAAUUGUUGAAGAAAAAGUAACUACUGCAGCUGAAGAAGUUGCUAAAAAAGCAGAUGAUGCCAAGGAUAAGACAACAAAAGAUGCUAAGAAGGCCAAAAACAAAGCUGGCGGCUUCUUUUCUGGCAUUUUUAAGGGGGCUAAGCAUGCCGUAGAUGAUGUGACUGAUGAUGUUAAGGAUUUCCUUGACGAAACAAAACACGAAGCUGAGUUAGAAGAAGAACGUGCUCGCAAAGAUGCUGAGAAAUUAUCUAAAGAAGUUAAAGACGGUAAAGACAGGAUAGUCUCCGAAGCAAAAGACACUGCAGCUAAAGCAAAAUAUAAGAUAUCUGAAGUUACUGAUGCACUAUCCGAAAAAGCUGAAAUUGCAGCGAAGAAGAUUUCUGAGGAAGUAGAAGAAGUAAAAGAAGAUGUAAAAGACGUUGGCCACAAAAUUGCGAAGGGAACUGAGGAGUCAAAAGAUGCGGCAGUCAAGGCAGUCAAGGAAGAUGUUACAAUUGUGAAGGACGCAAUAGUUGCCGGAGCUAACGCAGUAGCGGAUUCGGCAGACUCCACUAAAGAUAAGGCAGUAGAGAAAUCGAAAGCGGCGAAAGAUAAAGCUGGAGGUUUUCUGCCGGGAAUAUUCAAGGGUGCAAAACAUGCAGCAGACGAAGUUGCAGAGGAUGUGAAAAAGUUUGUUGAUGAAACGAAGAAAGAGGCCGAGAAAGAACAGGGACUUGCUCGGCAAGCUGAAGAAAAGUUAUCUAUAGAUGUGAAAGAUAUUAAAGACAAAGCCAUAUCUGAUGUGAAGGAUACAGCUGAAAAGACGAAAGAAAAGGUAUCAAAGGAAGUUACUGCAGCUAAAGAAGGUGUAAAGGAUUCAAGCGAGAAAGUUGGGAAAGUUCUCACUGAUACAAAAGAUGCUGCGGCGAAUAAAAUUGAAAAGGAUGUUAAGAUUGCAGAGGAGAAAGUUACAUCAGGAGUUGAAACUGUAGUAAAAUCUACGGAUGGUGCUAAAGAUAAAGCAACUAAAGAGACAAAGAAAGUGAAAGAUAAAGCAAGCGGUUUUCUAUCCGGCAUAUUCAAAGGCGCAAAACAAGCCACAGAUGAUGUUGUAGAAGAUGUUAAAGAACUCGCAGACAAAGGUGAGAAAGAAGAGGAAAAAGCUCGUAAAGCUACACAAGAAUUGGCUAAGGAUGUCAAAAAUACUGAAGACAAGCUUACUUUCGAAGUUACAGAAUCAACUGAUAAGAAAAAAACAGAAAUAUCUGAAGAUGCAAAUGCUGUUUCUGAAAAAGUGAAAGAUGUAGGUGACAUGAUUGUUAAGGAAGUAACCGAAACAGUCGAAGCUGUAAAAGAAACAUCCGAUAAGAUUGAAAAAGAUGUUUUUGACCAAAAAGAUGCCACAUUGAUAGAAAUUAAAAAAGAUGCAAAGGUCGUGGAGAAAACAAUCUCCACAAGUGCUGAAACUGCUGUUCAAUCCACAGAAGAUGCUAAGGACAAAGUAGAAAAGGAAGGCAAAAAAGCUAAGGACAAGGCAGGUGGUUUCUUUUCCGGAAUAUUUAAGGGUGCGAAACAUGUAGUAGAUGACGCUAAGGAUGAUGUAAAGGAAUUCCUAGAUGAAACAAAACAUGAAGCAGAGUUGGAGGAGGAGCGUGCUCGGAAAGCUGCUGAAGAAUUGUCUAAAGAAGUAAAAGAUACUACAGAUAAAGCGAUAUCUGAUUUAAAAGAAUCGACUGAAAAAGCGAAAGCCAAAAUAUCUGCUGAUACUCAAGCUGUGUCGGAAAAAGUAAAGGAAGCAGGCGAAAAAAUAUCAAAGGAAACUGCAGCAGCUGUUAAGGAAUGGGAACAGACAAGCGAAAAAGUCGCAAAGGAAGCUUCUGACAAAAAAGAUGCUACAGUCAAAGAAGUCAAGACAGAUGCUAAAAUUGCUAAAGAAAAGGUGAAAUCAAGUGCGGAAACAGUUGUACAAACAGUUGAUGAUGCUAAAGACAAAGUAACCAAGGAAUCUAGGAAGGCCAAAGACAAAGCUGGUGGUUUUCUUUCCGGAAUAUUCAAGGGAGCGAAACAUGCAGCAGAUGAGGCGACAGAUGACGUAAAGGAAUUUGUAGACGAUACCAAAAGAGAAGCUGAGAAAGAGGAAGAACGUGCGCAAAAAACAGCUGAAAAAAUUUCAAAAGACCUGAAGGAUACAAAGGAGGUAGUUAUUUCAGAGAUGAAAGAUGAUGCAAGGAAAUUACUUGAAACUGGAGAUGGUCAUAUAAAGGAAGUAAAGAAGGAUGUGAAAGCGGUAGGCCAAGAAGUUGCAUCAUUAGGAGAUGCGAUGACCCAUCAAGUGACUACUUCCACUGAUCCUAAAAUACUUUCCGACUCAGCAACAAUAAUAGAUAUUAAGACCAGUACGCAAGAAUUUUUAGAUGAUACCAAGAGAACUGCGGCCCUCGGUGCAAGUGCAGAAGAAUUUUUAAAGCCUUCGGACAUUGAUAAAUUUGAUGAAAGCACGCAGAAAACUGAAGAAGAAUCUAAAGAAAAGAAUAGUGGCUUCUUUGGGAUGUUUAAAAGUCCCAAGUCAAAGCAGAAAAAGAGAAGUAAAUCUAAAGAAAAGUACUCAUCUCAGGAAUCAUCGUUUGAUAGCGGAGAUGAAGAAGCUAGAAUCAUCACAGCUAAGUUCCUCGAUGAUGUUCGUAAAAAUGCUGAAGAUUCUAAAGAUUCUUUUGUUGAAGAAGUUCAGAAAGAUAUAAAGGUCAUUGAUGAAAAGGACAACUCUGCUAAAGAUAAAACAGUGAAGGAAACAAAAAAAUCUAAAGACAAGGCUGGUGGAUUUUUUUCUGGAAUUUUUAAAGGUGCGAAGCAAGCGUCAGGUGAAAUUGUUGAAGAUGUAAAUAAAUUCGCAGAGAAAACUAAAGAAGAUGCUGCUAAGGGUGAAGAAAAAUCUCGCAAGGUAGCAGAAGAAUUGGCUGAGGUUGUAAAGGAUACUAAAAACAAAGUUACAUUAGAGGUUAAACAAACAGCAGAAAAAACGAAAGUAAAAAUAUCUGAAGACGCGCAUGCUGUUUCUGAAGACGUAAAACAGGCAGGUGACAAAGCUGCUAAGGAAGUUGCCGCAACUAUAGCAGGUGUAAAAGAGACGUCUGAUAAGAUUGCGAAAAAUGUUUCUGACACUAAAGAUGCCACAGUGAAGGAAAUAAAAAAGGAUGCAAAGGCCGUGGAGGAAGCAAUGUCUACAACUGCUAAAACUGCUGCUGAAACUGCAGAAGAUGCUAAUGACAAAAUAGAAAAGGAAGGCAACAAAGCUAAGGACAAGGCUGGUGGUUUCUUUUCCGGAAUAUUUAAGAGUGCAAAACAUGCAGUUGAUGAAGCUUCGGAUGAUGUAAAGGAAUUCCUAGAUGAAACAAAACAAGAAGCUGAACUUGAAGAAGAACAAGCUCGUAAAGCAGCUGACCAUUUGUCUAAGGACAUUACAUCCAAAAAAGAUAAAGCUGUUUCUGACAUAAAAGAUUCAGCUGAUAAAACAAAGCAACAAAUAUCUGAGGAUGCACAUGCUAUUUCUGAAAAGGUUAAAGAUGGGAGUGACAGUGUCGCCAAAGUGGUGACCGAGGCUGUCGAAAGUGUAAAAGAAACAUCUGGUGAGUUUGUGAAGGAUGCUGCUGAUUCUAAAGAGGCUUUAGUUAAGAAAAUCGAAAAGGAUGCAAUGGCCGUUGAGAAAAAAGUAGAUUCAGGUGUUGAUUCUGCUGCGCAAAAAGUUGAUGAAGCGAAGGAAAAGAUGGGAAAAGAAACCAAAAAGGCUAAGGAUAAGGCAGGUGGUUUUCUCUCUGGAAUAUUCAAAGGUGCAAAACAAUCAGCCGAUGAAGUUACAGCUGACGUUAAAGAAUUUGUGGAAGAUACAAAAGAAGAGGCUAAAAGGGAAGAAGAACGCGCUCAAAAAGCUACAGAGAAAUUAUCCCUGGACUUCAAGGACAGUACAGAUAAAGCUGUUUCUGUUAUUAAGGAAUCGGCUGAAAAAGCAAAGGACAAGAUUUCAACAAAAACUGCUGCAGUUGGCAAAGAAGUAAAAGGCGGUACUGAUAAAAUUGCAAAAAGUGUUGUAGAUUCUGAAAAUGCUGCUGUUAAGGAAAUAAAGAAAGAUGCAAAGGUUGUUGAGGAGAAAGUAACCUCCGAGGUAAAAUCAGUUGCAAAGACAGCACAUGAUGCUAAGGAUAAAGCUACGAAGGAAACAAAGAAAGCUGAAGAUAAAGCUGGUGGCUUCUUUUCUGGUAUAUUUAAGAGUACCAAACAUGUCGUAGAUGAUGUUACUGGUGAAGUUAAAGAAUUCCUCGAUGAAACAAAGCAUGAAGCAGAAUUGGAAGAAGAGCGUACACGCAAAGUGGCAGAAGAAUUAUCUAAGAACGUGAAAGAUACUAAGGAUAACGCUGUAGCGGGUAUCGAAGAUUCUACUGAGAAGAUCAAGGAUAUUAAGGACAAGGUAGCUUCUGAUGUAGGAAGUGCUAUAGAUAAAUCAAAGAAAAAGAUUUCCGAUGAUGCCCAUGAUGUAUCGGGAAAAGUGAAACAUGCAGGCGAAAAAGUCUCUGCAGAAACUGCAAAAUUUGCAGAAGGAGUAAAAGAAACAGGACAGAAAAUGGCGAAAGGGGUAACCGAUACAAAGGAUGCAGCUGUCAAAGAAGUGGAAGAAGAUGUUAAGGUUGCCAAAGAAGAAAUAUCAUCAGGAGUAGAGACAGUUGCAGAAAGUGCAGAGGCAGCUAAAGAAAAAGCUGCGAAGGAAGGCAAGAAAGUCAAGGAUAAAGCAGGUGGUUUUCUAUCUGGCAUAUUUAAGGGGGCAAAGCAUGCAGCAGAUGAGGUGGCAGCCGAUGUGAAGGAAUUUGUAGACGAAACCAAAAAAGAAGCUGAAAGAGAAGAAGAACGUGCUCGGCAAGCUGGUGAACAGGCAUCUAAAGCUGUUAAAGAAACAAAGGAUAAGGUCGUGACUGAAGUAAAAGAAACAAUAGAUAUAGUUACAGAAAAGGUUGCCGAUGGAGCCCAAGCUGUACCAGAAAAGGUAAAAGGUACAGGUGAAAAGAUUUCAAAGGAUAUGAGUGCUGCAGUUGAUGGAGUGAAAGAAGCUGGAGAGAAGGUUGCGAAAGAAGUCACCGAAACUAAAGAAGCUGCGUUGACAGAGCUUGAGAAAGAUGUUCAGACUACAGAGGAGAACAUUUUCCAAACAACUGUUGCAGCUAAGGAUAAAGCGACAAAGGAAACGAAAAAACCAAAGGAAAAAGCAGGAGGUUUUCUAUCUGGAAUAUUCAAGGGAGCCAAAUACACAGCUGAUGAAGCUUCAGGAGAGGUCCAAGAAUUUCUUGAUAAAACGAAAAAAGAAGCUGCAGAAGAAGAAGAACGUGCUCGUAAAGCAACCGAAAAGUUGGCUCAAAAUGUGAUAGAUGCUGAAGAAAAAGUGGUAUCUGAUGUGAAGCAUGCAGCUGAGAGGGCGAAGGAUACGGUAUCUUCCGAAGACCAAGUAGUCUCUGACAAAGUCAAGAGUGUAGAAGAAAAUGUAUCUAAAAAAGCGGUUACUGCUAUUGAUAGCAUGAAAGAAGGAGGAGAGAAAAUUUCCAAGAAUACUGCUGAGGCGAAAGAUGCUGUCAAAGAAGAAUUUCAGAAAGACGUUAAACCCGUCGAAGAAAAAUCAUAUGCCGGUGCUGAAGCAGCUGCUGAAGUUGUAGAUACUGCCAAAGAAAAGACAAGCAAGGAAGGCAAGAAAGCUAAAGAUAAGACUUCAGGUUUCUUCUCUGGAAUUUUCAAAAGCGCAAAACAUGCCGUCGAUGAUGCUACAGACGAUGUCAAGGAAUUCCUGGACAAAACAAAGCACGAAGCAGAAGAAGAAGAGGAACGUGCUCGUAAAGCAGCUGAAGACUUAUCCAAGGAAGUCAAAGAAACUAAGGACAAAAUAGCGAAAGACCUCAAAGAUUCAGCUGAUGAAGUAAAAGAAAAAAUUUCUCAAGAUGCUGAUACUGUAUUUGAGGGAGUGAAAAAAGCAGAAGAGAAUAUCACAAAAGGUGUUGCCGAUACGAAAGAUGCCGUCGCUAAGGAAGUCACGAAAGAUGCGGAAUAUAUAAAGGAGAAAAUAACAUCAGGUGCAGAAGCAGUAUCAGACACUGCAGUCGCUGCUAAAGACAAAACUGCGCAAGACACCAAAAAAGCAAAGGAUAAAGCAGGUGGUUUCUUAUCUGGGAUGUUCAAAGGCGCGAAACAUGCAGCAGAGGAGGUGUCAGAGGAUGUGAAAGAGUUUGCAGAGAAAACAAAGGAAGAAGCUGCGAAAGAGGAAGAGCGCGCUCUGAAAACUGCCAAGGAUCUGGCUAAGGAUAUUAAAGAUACGAAAGAAAAAGUAUUAACUGACGUAAACGAAUCUUUUGAUAAUGUUAAGACGAGAAUAUCUGAUGAUGGGCAUGCUGUAUCUCAAGGAGUAAAGGAAACAGAGAAAAAACUAGCAAAGGGAGUUGAAGAUACUAAGGAUGCUGCGAUCAAGGAGGUUAAGGAAGACGUAAAGGCUGUUAAGGAAGCGGUUGUAGAAGCUGCAAAUGUUACUAAAGAAAAAACAACGAAGGAGGCAAAAAAAUCCAAGGAGAAGGCUGGUGGUUUCCUAUCGGGAAUAUUUAAGGGCACUAAACGAGCUGCAGACGAUGUUGCAGAUGACGUCAAGGAAUUCGUAGAUGAGACGAGAAAGGAAGCUGAAGUAGAAGCAGAGCGUGCUCGUAAAGCUGCAGAAGAACUCUAUAAGGACGUCAAGGAUGCUAAAGAUAAAACAGUUUCUCAUGCCAAGGGCACAGCCGAUAAGGCUAAGAAAAGGCUAUCGGAUGACGUUCAGGCCUUAACAAAUAAAACAAAGGGUGCAGCUGAUGAUGCUUCCAAUGAAGCGGCUGCAGUUAUUGAAGGGGUAAAAGAUGCAAGUCAUAAAGCAUCAGAUAAAGUGGUUGAGACAACAGAUGUCACAGUAAAGGAAAUGAAGAAGGAUGCAAAAAGUGUCGAAGAAAAAGUGGUUUCUGCGGAAGAAGAAGUUGCUAAAAAAGCAGAUGAUGCCAAGGAUAAGGCAAUAAAAGAAACAAAGAAGGCCAAAGAUAAAACUGGUGGUUUUCUUUCUGGAAUAUUUAAGGGAUCCAAACAUGCUUCAGAUGAAAUUAUAGAAGAUGUUAAAGAAUUUGCAGAUGAAACAAAGAAAGAGGCCGAUAAGGAAAAGCAACGUGCUGAAAAAUCUGCUAAAAAUGUAUCCAAAGAUAUCAAGGAUACUAAAGACAAGACGAAAGAUUCAAUGGAGGCAUCAGCUGAAGGAGUGAAAGAAUUUGGAGAGAAAAUCGGGAAAGAUGUUUCGGAUGCCAAAGAUGCUGUGGUUAAGGGAAUCAGAAAAGAUGUUACAUUUUCGGAGGAAAAAUUAUCUUCGGGGUAUGAAACUGUUGACAAGACAGCUGAGGAUGCGAAAGAAAAAGCAUCAAAUGAAUCUAAAAAAUCAAAAGAUAAGGCAGGUGGUUUCUUCUCUGGGAAAUUAAAGGGAGCGAAACAUGCGGUGGAUGAAGUCACAGAUGAGGUGAAGGAAUUCUUGGAUGAGACCAAACACGAGGCAGAAUUGGAGGAAGAACGUGCUCGAAGAGUGGCUAAAGAUGUGUCCCAAGAGUUUAAAGAAACUACAGAUGAAAUAGUAUUCGAAGUAAAAGAUUCAGCUAAAACUAUUUCUGAAAAAACAAAAGACGCAGGUGAGAAAGUGACGAAGGAAACAAGUGCAGCAGUGGAAGGUGUUAAAGAAACAGGUGAAAAGGUGGCAAAAAGUAUUGUGGACACAAAAGAUGCUACAGUUACAGAGGUUAAGAAAGAUGUGAAGGUCAUCGAAGAGAAGAUAAUUUCGAGUGCAGCAGCUGCUUCGCAUAUUCCACAUUAUGCUAGGAAUACACUGUCUAGUGAAGCUCAUGCAGCAUUGGAAAAAGGAAAGGGUGUCGUUAAGGGUUCCAAAGAAAUUGGCGAAAAGGUUUCUAAGGAUACUCCUGAGAAAAAGGAUGUUAUCGUUAAGGAAGUGAAGAAAGAUGCCAAAGCGGUUCAAAGAAAAGUUUCUUCAGGUGCUGAAGUUGUUAAAAAAACUGAUGAUGCAAAGGAGAAUGCCAGCAGCGGGACCAAAAAGGUGAAGGAAAAAGGUGGAUUCCUAUCCGGUAUAGUAAAAGGUGCAAAGCACGCUGUUGACGACGUAACAAGCGAUGUAAAAGGGUUUUUGGAUGAAACGAAGGUUGCAGCAGAAAAGGAAGAAGAGCAAACACGACAAGCAGCUAAGUUGAAAGAUACUGAGCCUGUUUCGGAUGGCGCUAAGCUUAUUUCGAAGAAAACUACAACGAUUGUUUCAAAAGUAUCACAGGCAUCGACCCCGCCUGUGAAAACAACAACUAUAACCAGCGUCACAAAGACGACAAGAACAAUUAAGGAAAAAUCAGCUAGUCCUAUAUUAUCCAAACAAGAAUCUAGAAUAACACCGGAAUCAGCCAGGCGGAUGUCUGGCGACAAGACGUCAAAGGUACCACCUGCCUCGACAGGAAAAGCAAAAGCAGCAACGCGUCGCAUACCUAAAGGAGGCUCUACCACAACAGAAGUCAAGUCAAGUAUCAAAAGCCAAAGAACUAAAGAUGGCGCAUCAAAAACAGCUCCUGAAAGUAUAACAUUAGAUCCCAAAGAAGCAACCUUACUACUUUUGAAUGAAUCGCGAGCUGCUGCAGAGGUUUCUCCAUUCCCCGACGACCAGAACAAAGAAUCACGUAUUCCUCAGUUGAGUUCCGCUCGAAGUUCCUUAGAAAGGGAUUCAUCGUCGGAUUCCGAAGCUUAUGGUCAAUCUAAGAAAGCCAAGAAGGGUGGCAUAAUCUCGAAUAUUGUGAAGAGCACUAAGGGUGCUACCCACAAGAUAGCGAAAGAAGUAGACCAUGCCAAAGAGGGCAUCAAGGAUGCUACAGGAAGGUUCUGGGAAGAUACGAAACGCGAAUCUAAGGAAGCAUCCAGUUCUGGAAGCUACAAUGUUGCUUCUCCGGAUCGCAAUACUGAAACGAUUCUGGAUGAAAUUGCAACAGAGUCUGAUAACAUUAGCUUAGAAUCGUCGAGCGCGCUAGCUAGGGUAGUUGAUGUAGAAGCAGGUCAGCCUGUAGAGGUUUACGAAUCCAAACAAGUUUCAAGCAUUCCAAAAGUAACGAUAGAGUCUAGGGAAGUUAGGGAAAUUAGGUAUACUGUAGGAGAGUCAAGUACAAUUGUGGGAACUGAUGUUUUGAGUGAAUUAGGGAACCUCGAGCCUCGCGCAAGUCAGACCGUCACCACAGUCGUUACAAAGUCUGUGCGGACGGCAACGACCCCACCACCCAGCCCCGACGAGUUCAGUGACAGUAGCGUUAAAGACGUAACUGAGGAAGCUGAAAGACGGGCUCGAGAAUUGGCGGAUGAGGCUCUCUUCCUGCAACGAGCAGGGCAUGAUUCGGCUGAGAUUGAUGGGACCGUAGAGAGGCAUGCUACUUCUUCUCCAACAGAGCAACCUGUUCCUGCCCCUCGUUACUCUGCCCAGUCCAAAGCUAAUUUGGAACUAGACAUUAAGGACACCGCAUCCCCUGAGCCUCGGAAGCCUACUAAGUCCAAGAUACCAGAGCUCUUGAAGUCACCUCCAAAGUCUGAUAAAGACCGCACCUUACAAACCGAAGAAGCAAUCAAAAGUCCCAAAUCCCCAUCUGCGAAAAGCAAAAUUCCCGUCAAACUCAAGACCCAUGAACAAGAAAUCACCGAGAUAAAGACUGCUCUAACUAAACCAUCCGAAGCCAAUUUUCAAAGUCAUCAAGAAGUAGAAACUAGAACAAGUACUACCACUGCCUACAGUAAUCAGUUUGUACCAUCUGAAGAGUUUGAACAGUUGCAAAAUAUCCGAAGUUUUCAACUAGUUCCAGAAAUUUCAGAAACUAAAACACAAGUCUCUCAGGAGGAUAGUUUAGAUCCAGAUUUAGAAGAGUUUAAGGAUGGCGAAGUAUCUUGUAAAACAGUAAGGAAAUCCACAAUAAUGAAGUCUGGCAGUUCGGAGCCAGAAGUCUGGACGGAAACGGUAACAACGAAGACUCUGCCAGAUGGAAGACAAGACACCUGGAAGUCUGUCACGUCGGGCAGCCUACAGUCUGAAAUUUGGGACACGCAAUGUUCCUUAGACACUUCUCCGGGCUCUGGUAAUGGCGAUUUGUAUACUAAGAACGAAGCUUACAGACAUGAGUUGAACAGUGAUACAGAUAGCGAGGGUUCACCUCAACCGAGGAGGAGGUCUCCGAGCAAGAGGCGAACUUUGGGCAGUUCUAGCGGAUCGGAUGUGGCACUCCAUGAAGGGGCAGAGCUGUCCCCAUUGGAAGAUGACCAAGGUACCUCACUCACAGCUAACCUUCUAAAAUCUGACUUUUUGCAACACAGCGAACCUUCCUAUAUGGAAACGUCGACGACAGAAGUUGAUCCUGAAACUAAUGAAAGAACAACGAGAACGACGCGAGUAGUAACAGCGACAGUGCCAGGAGCAGGAAUCGUCAGCGGUGGCUCAGACGAACUUCGAGAAUCAAUGCAAAAAAUAGUCGACCAAUUUAUGGUGGAAGAGAGAAAGGGCCAGUGAAGUGUCGAUUUACCUUUGACGAACUUUGAGCAAAGUCAAAUUCUUGACACUGGGCGAAAAAGGGCAAACAUUUUAACACAAGCUUCGAAAAAAACGCACUGGUAUGAAUUUAUCUCGAUACUUCCUCGCAUCGAGUUCAAUCUCAUACUUCUCAAAAAGCUAAAAAUAUUGUUGGUAUUUCGUACCUUGGCCUAAUGGCAAGAAAUCGAAUUUCUUUAACAAAAAAUAUAUCCUCAUUGCUAGAUAGACUAGCUUUGUGCUAGUCUCUGCUACGCCAGCCCGUCCAAUGCUUUUCUUUGUAAAGUAAAAGGGGGAAAAAUUGCUUCGCUUCCAUCAAGAAAUGUUUACCCUUGAAUGUCGCUUUGAAAAAAUUGUGCAGAUAGAUUAUUAACAUAUGAAUAUGUUUCUAAAAAAAUUUAAGUAUUCUCCUGACGCUACUCGCUCUUAAAAGUUUAACUUAGGAAUGUCUAAGUUGAUUCUUUUGAACAAAAAAAACGACAUUGAAAUCUACUCGCGAAUAAAAAAAUACGCUCUUGCUGUCACGCAAAGUACAAACGAUCAUAAAGCACAAUAAUCUCGAGACUCUGAUACCGUUUUUGAUUUGAGCGAUAGCAAGAAGUAUUUCAGACGAUCAGGAUAAAUAUGUACAUUUAAAUUAUUUAAUGACUAUUUCCUAACAAUUUUUCAUUGUGUAUAUUUAUAAUUAUUUACUUAGUGUAACUUAUACAACUGUACUAUUUAAAAGAAUUGUAAUAAUUACUCGGUCAUGAUAUGAGGAAUAUUUUAUUUAUAUAAUGGAGAUAAUGACUGUUUUAAAUUGUUAAUUUUCUCGCAUAAUUUUAUGGGAUAUUAAAUUAUAUGAUAUAUUCUGUGCAGCGUAUUUCGUGCUGCAAAAGCUAUCAAAACAAAAAGCAUAAUUAUGACGGACAGUAAGUCCAGAAAUAUCCAGUGACUUUAGCUGCAAUUUGCGUCACUGUUUUCAAAAUAUGGGAUAAAAAUCGUAUAUAUAAAAUAUAUGAAUUAGAAAUCUCCUGUUAUAAAUAAUAUUCUAUUAAUAUAUACAUUAUAUUGAAAAAUACAAUGUCUACGCAAACUAAGAUUUAUAAAUUAUUAUGCAACAGACUUGCCUAGAGCCCACCCGACUUAAGGACCAAAGGCACAAUCACAUGCAUUAUAUACAUUACCGGAAAUGCUCCUGUGUAAAUCUGUAAUGUUUAAUAAAUCUUUCAUGAUUGACAUGGUA